AUGUCCGCCUCCGCGUCGAACGCGUCCACCGCCGCCGCCACGUCGCUCCGGCCAAUGAGAGGCCGCCAUGUCGCCUUCCCCACCGCCUCAGCCAACCACCGCACGCCACCUCACCCGCGCCCCGCGCCCACUUCGCCCGCGGCCCGCCAGGCCCGCCGCCGGCCCCCGCGACCCGGUUCGAGUGAGCCGCGCCCGCGCCCGUCCCCUCCGCCUGCCGCCCGGGCGCCGCCGCCUGACUGGCCCUCCACCGCCGCGCUCCUCGCCGGAACCCCGUCGGCGCCUCCUCCGCCGCCCGGCCGCGCCUCGCUGCACCUCUCCCUCGCCGGCGCCCCGCUCCGCGCGCCCGACCCCGACGCCGCCCUGCGCGCCGCCUGGCUCCCGCGGCCGACCCCGCGGCCCGUCCGCCAUCCCGCGCCCUGCGCCCUGUCUCCCGCCCGCAAGCUCCCUGCGGAGUCGCCCAUGCCUCAUGAAACCCUAGCCCCGCUCCUCCCCGCCGCUGGACAUGUCCGCCUCCGCGUCAGACGCGUCCACCGCCGCCGCCACAUCGCUCCGGCCAAUGAGAGGCCGCCACGUCGCCUUCCCCGCCGCCUCAGCCAACCACCGCACGCCACCUCACCCGCGCCCCGCGCCCACUUCGCCCGCGGCCCGGUUCCCAUGAGCCGCGCCCGCGCCCAUCCCCGCCGCCUGCCGCCGGGGUGCCGCCGCCUGCCGCCGGGGUGCCGCCACCCAACUGGCCCUCCGCCGCCGCGCUCCUCGCCGGAACCCCGUCGGCGCCUCCUCCGCCGCCCGGCCGCGCCUCGCCGCACCUCUCCCUCGCCGGCGCUCCGCUCCGCGCGCCCGACCCCACCGCCCACCUGGGUGCCGCCCAGCUCCCGCCGCCGGCCCCGCGGCCCGUCCACCGUCCCGCGCCCUGCGCCUUGUCUCCCGCCGGCAAGCUCCCCGUCGGAGUCGCCCGCGCCUCGCCGCCGCGCGCCGUCCCUCGCCGGGAUCCGGCGAGAUCCGGGUCGCAUAUUGGGCGUGACAGGGAUCCCGGAUGCCGCCAAUCUUGGGCAGCCGGAGCCGCCGGUAGUGGAGGCCCAGGCGCCGACUGGAGCAGCCGGAGCCGACCAGGCAGCGCCGAAGCACAUGGUUGCCGACUCAUCAGCCGCGGAGGCGGAGGCAGACCGGCGCGCGCCGGGUGCCGGCGAGCGGGGUGACAGCCAUCCCGGAGGGCCGGAGAUGCCGGUCGCCAGCACCGGGAUGGAUAUGAGCCAGACCAUGACCGCGCGCAUCCCCUUGCGCCCGCGCCAGGCGCGGGCAUCCUCCGAGCCGAGGCCGGCGGAAACAGGAGCCGCGAGCUCGCAGGGGCCGACGUCGGGGCCACGAGUUCCGCCCCGCCGGGCUGGACGUCAGCAGCCGUCACGGCCGCCCUGA